AUGUCUGACGGUGCAAUUCGUUUGUUUGUUUUUCUCUCUGAAAUAUGCAGAGGUGGGGAUGUGAACUCUCAGAUCAAGGAACUCCAGCGGGAAGUCGAUAGGUUGCAGCAGCAACUUCAGACUGCUGAGGAACAGUUGAGGGAAUUUGAACCUCAGUCUCUCGAUUUCAAGUCGAUGGGGGAGAUUGAAUCAAUGGAGGAACGUCUGGUCCACACCUUGGAGCAUGUUUUACGGAGAAAGGAAUAUUUGUCAGGCAACCAUCUAUUUCCUUAUGAUUCAUCUUCUUCACAGGGGAUGCUCGCCUCUUUUGAGAAUCAAGUUAUAAAUGGGUUGCCUGCUCCAUCUAUGCCACACGGGGAUCUUUUGUGCACGACGCACUAUCCAUUAUUGCAAGGAAGCAGUUCCAGGAUGCGAGAGCGCUGUGUCAACAAUCCGACCCCAGGAAACCUUCCAAUGUGGCCCCAGCCUCUUCCUUUUUGUUCCCUCCAAUUCAGAGUACAGACUGCUCUACAAGGGGACACAGGGCGAGCACCUGACGACACACUGAGUCAUUAA